AUGUCAUAUUAAUAAAAAUUAAGUGGAAUUAAAUGUGGGGAUUCUUUUCGUGAUUUAACUUUGAAAAAAAUGGAAGUUAUUCCAUUUGCAAUCACUGCAUGCCCUGAACUUUGCACUUGUCAGAUCUGCAUAAAAAAAUAACCAGAAUAAGAAGAACCUUAAGAAUAAAAGAAACAUCAAAAAAUAAUUAAAUAACCAAGACAUAGAAGAUUGUCUAUUUGUGGAUUUAAGGAUGACUUUUUAACUAUUUGCUAGAUGUUAUAAAAGCAAGACGAAGUUGUUAGGCCAAUUAAUAUUAAUAUACUAGAUACUAUUAUUUUGAAGGACAGAGAAUUUGUGUUUUAUGCAUUUUAUGAUAAUGGUUUCAGAUGUAUUAAAAACAAAUCAUUCUUUCACACAGAAAUGGAAAAAUAUUUAAUCGAGAGAAAAAUAGAGUUUGAAAUUGAGUAUCAAGUAAAAUAAAUCAAGGCUGGAAUUCAUCCCACUGUUAAAUUGUCUGAUUAUUAUGAAAAUAGUACCUAGGUAAUGACAAAAUUAAAAUAAGUAAUAUAUAUUUUGAACCUUAGCAAAUUUCUGAAUUAUUGAAUGGAUAAAGCAUUUUAAUGGCAAGAUAUCAGACAGGUGAGACAACAUUGAUUGGGAAGUUUGAAUUACAUUAAUUGGCAGUUUUAUCAAAAACUAAUGUUAUUUUUGACAAUCUACUCCAUUUAUAAUUAUAUCUCUAUAAUGAAAAGCUUGCAUUAGAUUGUAUUGAAAAUAAUAAGAGAAAUUCUAAAGAUUAUUUUAUUCAUAGAUAUAAAUACGUUAAGGACAAUUAGUUAUUUGGAGAUAUUGUGUGUGAACAGUCCUAUUUAACAGAUCCAUCACUUAGAGGUUAAAGGUAAUGGAAUAAAGAAAAGGAGUAUUCAGACAAUUUAAGUUUAAAAGAAUAUUUUAAAUAUACUUGCCAUAAAAUAGCUGUUUAUAUAUAAAGCUUUCAUAAAUAAUGUAUAAAUGAGAUGGAAGUACAUUUUAUUGUCAGUAUUACUAAAACUUAUCUAAGAUCACCCUAAAAAUAUAUCUAUUAUCAAUAUUAUUGGGUUAAAAAUGUCAAAAGCAGAAGAAACUCAAUGGGUAAUCAAGACUGGAAGAGUGCUAAGUACAGCAGAGAAGAUUCAAAUAAAUGAUAUAGAUUUAAAUGAAAAUAAUAAACCUCAAACUUAAAGGUCCUUAGUUAUUUCUUAAACACUAAUACCUCACACAUAAAAGUAAAAAUGAAUAUUUAUUAAUAAGAGUGAUAGAAAAGAUUAAGCCUAUCACAUCUUAAGUUAUAGAAAAUAACAUGUAAGGCACCAGAACUUAAGAAGCUUUUAAAAUACUAAACCCCGGAAUAAAUGAGUCAAUUAAUGAAAUAUUAGAGAAUUAGCAGUAUUAAAAAAUGAUUCGAAACUUUCCAAAAUAAUUAAAGAGAUAUCAAAGUAUGCAGAGGGAUUCAUCAAUAAGAACUAGAAUUGAAGAUUAACCUCUGACUACCAGUAGAGAUAUUUAAAAAGAUGACUAUUUAAUGAAAGUUAGAUAAAAAAAGAAAAAAUAAACUAUUAACUCACCAUUUCUAAGAAGCAUUUCCAGAAGAUUUUUUACUAGAAGAAAUUCAGCUGACUUUUGUUGA